ACACAUCCGCAUGCGUAGGGAAACCAGUAGGAGUGUAACACCGAAUAUGAGCAGAAAGUGCCUGCUGUUGUCGUAGAAGUUAUGACAGCUGUCAUAAAUAGUAAGAGAACACGAAGAGAUCACAUGAUGUUGAUACUGCGGAAAGAAGCGAAUUGCCCUUACUUUGAAAUAGUGUGUAUUUUUUCCCUGUGCUAAAGAGUUAUCCGAUAUUAUUCCAACAGGCGUUUUUUUUACAAACUAUUUAGAAACGAAGGGCAACUCGCUUCUUUCCUGUUUCAACACCAUCACCAUCAGUCGGCGUUUGGAACUCUAGUGGACUCCUUUCCUAAAAAUAAUAUCCAACGUGGAAACCGGUAUGCAUGUACCAUAUGUUUAUGCGGCAUUCACAAGGACAGCUACGUGUCAUCUUCAACAGCUGUCGCAAGUUAACAGGGUCGCCUGUUGAACCGUUACACCGAUGGCGAGCGGACAGCUGUCGAGGGCCGAGGCGUUGGCGUGCUCAGGCUGCAGGCACGCGUGCCACGUGAUGCUCUACUGUGACACAAAUACUGUGCUGUUUGGGAGCAUCCCCAUCCGACAUAUUGUGCUGAUGCAGAUGCGCUUUGACGGUCUUCUUGGUUUCCCUGGAGGAUUCGUCAACCCUUCGGAGGAGUCCCUGGAGGCGGGGCUCGGCAGGGAGUUGAUGGAGGAGUUGGGCGUGGCCCUUCAGAUGCUUGAGGAAGACCACAUUAACUCCUGCUUUGCCCCUGCUUCCUCCCCGUCCUCCUCCACCUGCCCCCGUCUCAUCACUCACUUCUACACAAAGAAGCUGGAGGAGGGAGAGAUUAGGGCGGUGGAGACGGCCGCCGCAACCACUGCAACGGAUCACGGCCAGGAGGUCCUCGGGAUGGUCAGAGUCCCUCUCCACACCACGAAAGGCGGAGGAGGCCUUGCGUCUUUCCUCUCGCACUCGUUUGUCAGCAACGCCCGCUUCCAGCUGCUCCACGCUCUGCUGCGCCUCCACCUGGUCGCCCCAGAAGAGCUGCGGGAGGCCCUCGCUCGCUCGCUAAAGAUACAAGGAAGCGCCGCAGAAGAGCUACGGGCCGCCCUCGCGCUGGUGGAGGGAAAGACCAAGGCACCUUGAAACGCCACCUGCACCAUCAGCCAACAGUUUGCCCCAUCACAGUUCUGCACACACUGGGUGACUAAUAAUCACCUAGUUCUUCAAAAUGUUUGAAUGCUCCACAUUAAUGCAAAUAAAACGUUUUUUUCCCCA